GGAGGUUGCUUAUUAAAUGAGAGCCAGCUGUCUGGGCCGUUCAGCACCCCCAGCAAUACCUGCAACCCAGGAUUCCUCCCCGGGAGGCUGCAGUCUGUCAGCAUGGCUCAAGAGUUUGUGAACAGCAAAAUCCAUCCUGGGAAGGUGGUUGUGUUUAUGAAGCCUAGCUGCCCCUACUGCAGAAAGACCAAAGAGAUCCUCCAUCAAUUGCCCUUCAAACAAGGGCUCUUAGAAUUUGUGGAUAUCACAGCCACCAGCAACAUGAGCGAGAUUCAAGAUUAUCUGCAACAGCUUACAGGCGCCAGGACGGUUCCUCGGGUCUUUUUUGGUAAAGAUUGUAUCGGUGGAUGCAGCGAUCUAGAAACUAUGCAACAGAAUGGGGAACUUUUCUCCAGGCUGAAGGAUAUGGGAGCUCUGCAGUAAUUACAGGUGACAUGCUGGGCCAGGAACACUGGGAAAUAAAACAUUGGGCAGACUUCUUGCUGAAAUCCCCCUGGAGAGCUGGACUACAUCACAGAGGAUGACAGCAUUUCCUGGUGGAUGGGAAUUGAAGCAAAACCAACUUUGUUUUCCUUUUUUUUCUCAGUGUUAAAAAUUGGACCAACUUGCUCCUACCCACAAACCAAGAAGGUUGACAGAUUAGUUGGUUUUCUCCCAUAUUGGCCCCUUGGGUUCCAAAAGACCAUGUCAAGUUCUGGUUUAGAAUUUGUCCUCUGAUCCGAAAAGUGCUCUUUCUCUCUGCCACAUGUUUCUUCUUAAACUUUUCUAUGUGCCAGCAUGCCUCUACCCCCAAUCAUGUUUAUCCAGAAAUCCGUCCUCCUACCUCCCCCCACACCAAGAAUGAAUUUAUGGUUGAUUUUCUCCUACUGGCCAUCAGCUGAAAUUAUUUUGCUAAAAUUCACUCCAUGCAGUUUAUAUUAUGAAAUUGAUGGAUAUUAUGAUUUAUUUUUCUCAAAGUAUACACAUGCAUCUUCCUCAUCUCACCUUGAGAAUUACUUCUCUGAGCUAAUGUUCUCAAUCUUACCAUCUCUAGCUAUCAUUUGAGAUAGCAUUUGAGGAACCAGUUUGAGAAACUGUAUGUAGAAGUAAAGCGUGAUUGGUCCUCCACCACUGGAGAUAUGUGGACAAACAUGAUAGAGCAAAUGCAUAGCAAUAUUGUGGAUAGAGGAUGGCUGUAUAAAUAAUUCUGAAAAACAGUAUGAAUUCAUUUAGAAUACCAGAAAAAUUAAAAUAUGAAAUGUAAGGUUAUCAAAAUAUCCUUGUAGGACUUUCCCCAGAAGUAUAUCUGGAAAAGGAAGCAAAUUUGAGAAAUACUGUCAGAAUUCCCCAAAUUCCCUUUGAAAUCUAAUCUCUUACUGUGAAUUUGUCCUAGAAUUGAAAGUUAAUUUCCUUUUGUACUCUCUAAUGAGUACAGUUAAUACCUUUCUAAUAAAAAAGUACCUAUUGUGGGUUUUGUC